CACACAAUUUCCUAUUCUCUUUCCUCUAUGAGUUCAAGCGCUACACAUUUCAAAUUCACUUGUUAUCCCCACACUCGGAGGGCUACUUUCCAAAGUCGUCCGACAUGGUUAGCGCUAUCCGACAAGAUUCAUUCGCUUUUCGACAUUCCACUCGAUAAAGUAGCGGUUUCGUAUAUUGACGUGGAAGACGACGAGGUGACCCUGAGCACCCAGGAGGAAUUGGAGGACUUUUAUCAGGAUUUAGACACAGGUGGAGGAUGGAGGCCUGGAGACGUGGUGAAGUUGACGGUAUUGGACCUCAGUUCUGCGCGUCAGGACAAAUCGGAAAAGUCUUUACCAACGACGCCACGAUCCACAAAUCCAAGGAAUACUUUCGGUGCAAACCUCAGUGAUGGAUUGCCCUUUAACAUUGACGAAGACUGGCAGAAUUUCCCCCCAUUUGCAGGAGUAUAUGUGGGCAAUCCCCCUGCGCAGAAACAGGACGGUUCAGUUCACGCUUUUAUCGAAGUCCUGGAGAGCGACGCAGAAGUUUCAGCCCAGAAAUCACCCCCGUCUUCUGGAACCUCCUCUGUACGUACGCCAACACCUCGACCGGAUAAGGGCAAAGGCCGUGCUUUCGACGUCGAGGAAGGGGAGAAUUUGGAUGUACCAGUUGCAGAGGACGAUGACGUCUCUUCGAUAGCCUCUGUGAUAGACUCGCAAGGUUCAGAGAAGAAGCCAGACAUUCACGUUAUGGGUCGUCAGGCCAGCAGCGGUUUAUUUGAGCCUGUCGAGAGUCGUGCUUCGUAUCAGUCGCGUACCUCGCAUGGGUCGCGAACAUCGCGUCGCAGUUCCAUCGCUGUCGCCCCCAUCGGUGACGAGAGCACGCCCAAAAGUUCCGCUAAAUAUUUUCCCACGCGCUCUACAUCCAACGUUUCUAUUGCACCGAGCUCAGUCCUUGUCCCUCCGACUGCUGGGUCAACCGUGGUAACUGAGGAUCCACCCCUGCCACCCCUCGACAAAACCUCUCUUGAGUCAGGAUUCGAGAAUCCCUCUCUGUCCAGUGAUAUUGCUAGUUUACUUACCACACUCACAGAGGUAAUUGCUUCGCAUCCUGAAUUGUCCGAAGGCGUCAGGAAGAUUUUACAGAAUGCUGUGGCGGGCACUUAUUGGACUCCAGGGCAACGAGAGUCCAUCCACGAGGCUGCUGGCAGUGUAGCAGAUGGCCUGACUUCCCUUGACGAAGAGGCGGGCAGAAAGGUUGCAGAGGCUUUGGGGAAUUUGUUCAGGGCUGUUGGGCAGGUGGUUGGGACAUCCCCCAGCACAAACUUUAAACCGAAUACUUCCACUUCUGAACCUGUGAACACGACCAACGCCUCUGCCCCCAAGAAUGCUGGUGUUAACUCCUCCGAAACUCAUGCGCCUCACCGUCUUCCGUCAUUUGACAGCUGGAACCGCGGUAGUUAUGGGUAUGGAUGUGGGUACGGGUCGUAUGGACCUCCACCACCAGGACCUCCACCUCUACCAGGAGGUUAUGUUCCUAAACACUUGCCACUCAGAGGACUGUAUCCCUCUCGUGUACCCGAAGGUCCGCCGAUGCAUCAUCCCGCAAAUCUAGCCCGACCAAGUCGUCCCGUGCGGCGUCCUAGUAGGCAGUCUAAAGACCUGAGAGCUCAGGUCGAAGCUGCAAAAUUGUUGUACAAGGCUGAGAAGGAAAGAUAUAGAGCUGAUAGGGAAGAGAGACGAAACGAGAAAGCAGAGAGAGACAGGAGACUGAUCGAAAUGUUUGCUAAUCGUGGUGAUUCAUUGCGUGAGAAUGAGCAUACCCCACUCGCAGGUACGACUACGUUGAACGCUUCUCCUUUCCCUACACCCCCACCACAGGAGCCCGCAUCUGUUACCACAGCUCCGCCACCACAUUCACAGGCGGAUACUUCCCAAUUGAUUAGCAAUGGUUAUGGAGGUUAUCCUUCGUUCGAAAUUACCCGUGUACCGUCUGCUCCUCAUCCAACGCAAAAUCUGCGUCGAGUAGCUGAAACUGUGGGCAGGAGGGUAUCAGAACAAACAUCAGAUCCUAAAGAACGAUCGUUGAAGAGGAUUAUCAAGAAAUUAGGCGACAUGGGUUUCACUACUCGUGCUAAUCCUGAUCUGACUUUGAGAGUCACUGCGCUUCUGCCAUCUGACAUCACCACCAUGACGGCAGAUAAAGAGGAGGAUAUUGCGACGACCUUGGUGAAUGAGCUAUUAAAGUCACCGCGGAUCCCACCAACGGCAUCUGGAAGUGGUGAUGUUCGUUGACCGUCUACAAGUGAUCUAUUGUCGGUAUUUUUAUGCGUAAAGUUAUGGCCGGGUUGUUUUAACUUUUAUAUGUGGCGCAAAGGAAUUUGUAAUAGUGUAUCUACAAUCUUGGUUCCAUAUCUGUUGUUGUAUCAUGUAUGUAGUUAGUUCCUGUAUUUGUAAGUAGGACCUGGGCUUAUAUUUAUAUCGUUCACCAUA